GUGUACCAUUAAGCUCUCUAUUAAGAUGGAGAAUCCUAGGAGCAUCUCUAUGCUACUAGUCUUCCAUGCAUGCCACAUGUGCAGCCGCCAUGUUGUCACCUUGUUGGCGCCAUGUCAUCUGCCACAUGUGACAACCACCGGCGAGGAGUUCAAGCCCUCCUACUAUCGCAGUAAAUCACAGCAAGAGCGAUCUCGAAGAAUCCCGACCAGGCGGAGCCGAGGGCACGCUCGAGAACAACAGCAGCAGCGAUACACUGUCGAAGGGCUUAUCCACGAUUCUCUCGAAUGUGAUAAGGGACUUCGAUUCGCAAGCUCGGACCACGCUCAGAAGCUAAGACCAGCUUAAUUCCUCUCUCGAUCGUCUCACCGGAGAGCUCGAUCGGUUGUUGGAAGAUGCGUCAUUGUCGUUCAUAAUGCAUCACGCGACGAAGAUUUCCGCCGUCCGAAAGAGAGUUUUGUCCCUGAACUCUCUGCUCAGAGCCAUACAGCGGCGCAUUGAUAACAUGGAUCGCGCGCUGUCUAUGGGGACGCAGCAAGAUCGCGUUCGUUGAACAAGAACUCUGUUCCCAAAACCUAGGGAGUAGAGAAGACGGAAGAGCAUGGCGGACAAAAUUAAAGGGGGAGAAGAAGUGGUUGUGGCAGCAGAUGUUAAAGCCACCGACAAGGAGAAAUCAUCAUUCACAGGCUACGCGUUGAGCCCAGCAGCCCGUUUGUUCCACUCGCCCAAGUUCAACUAUUACAUCGUCGCCAUCAUGGGCUGCAAGACCAAGAUCAACCCCCCCCCCCCCCCCCCGUCGUAAAGCUCGGACUGGAGCACACGUUGAUCAAACAUCCUCGUUUCUUCAGCAAACCGCGUGUUUUGAGCAAAUAUCUUGAAGCUUGAGAAAAGAAGAUUGGGAAUUAGUCGUUAUCCCGAAUAAUUAAAUCGGGGAGAGGAAGGGCCUGCCGAAAGGUCCUGUUUGGAGAAAAGCACACGCAAGGGCUUAUUAGGGAAGUUCGAUCGGCCAGCUUAGUGGAUUCCUAUCCACCAGAAUCACCAAUUUCACUACUGCCAUAUGGAGAAAUUGAGGCGGGCAUGCUAAGCUUUUGCUCCUUUAUGAGACGCAAAGAGGGUAUACCACGUUGAUUCUCAUAAGUUAUCCACUUCUUGAAAAGAGGUAAUAACUAAACUUUUCUCAAGAUAUAUUAUAAUAUAUCUCAUCGGAUUUCAUGCAUAAAAUCGAGAAUCCCUAUGAAUUUUAGACAAGAAAAAUAGAUUUUAUGCAUGAUAAUGGUGACAUUGAGAUAUGCUUUGCUCAGUGAUUAGAAUACAAGUUUGUGUGCAUAUUGAGGAGUAGAGUAAUUUUACUACAUGAAUGCAUACUUUGAAGCAUAUAUGAGUUUGUAAUUUGUAUGCCAGUGGAAUGGGUUGUAUACCCAUAUUUAUUUUGGGAGAAGUACCGUCUAAAGGUUCAAGAAUCAGAAUAGCAAUUUGAACCAAAUCCACACCAAUUAGAAUGGUACCCAUCGUGGCAACCAUAAGAUUGUCACACAAUUCUCUAAGAAUGACGCUAUGUUUCUCAAUUAAAUUUGAGAAAAACUAGGUCAUAUGACACGAAAGUGUAGGAACAAGUAUAACACUGGUUCUAGUGUUAACUUGAUUGAAGAGAAAGAUUGAUUGCUGUGAAAAUUGACAAAAGAGCAGAGAUUAACCAUGUUGGUAACUCUGAAGAAUGGUGGUUAAAUACUGGUAUCUGAAAGCAUACUAAGACAUAUGCUAUUAAGAAAGUGUUGUUGAGUAUUGCUCACUCCACUAUUUGAUCAUGGUCACGAGAGUAUGCAUAUGAUGAUAAAGUUAGAGUGUUAAAUUCUUAUGGGUCUUGCAUGCACGUCUUUGACGUAUAUCUUGAGGAAUUGAAUAGCUAGGGUCACAUUCCCAUAAUGGUUGUGAUAAAUGUGAUUUCCAUAGGUAAGAUAAAUGACACAUAAAUAUGUGUUUAGAGAAUUAGAAACUUUAGAUCUGAUUAAAUUUUAUGUGUAAACAUGAUGAGAUGCUUACUUAAACUGGCUUGAAAUGCUUUAUCGCAUUAUUAUUGAUUGCCCUGGUUAUUGUUGGCUGGUGUUAGAAUUAAAGAAUCAGUGCAAUAUAGUUAUGAGUAAGCAUAUGUUGAGGAAUCCAUUGGUGCCAAUAGCAUUCCAUUUAAAUCGAGAAAUAGUGGGGGUGAUAUCUUGCCUGCUAUUAGAAAUAAUGGAUAACUAGUGGGGGUGAUGACUCUGGGUAUGAACUCAGAAGAGACAAAUGAACCAUAAAUCACGAA